AUGGCUGCACACCUUCACCGUUAUUGUUCGGAGCUCAAGUCUUUGAAAGAUACGGCUAAUGCAGUAAUCUCACAGCAUUCAAUUAUAGUUGGGAGCACAUUAGGUGUAUCGCAUCCAGGGUUUCGAGCAGUCGAAGACAAUCUCAAACAGAUACAUUCCCAAAUUAAGGCUGUCAUGGAGUUCGAGCUAGAAUUGGAGAAGAAGAUCAAGAAUAAUCUAGCUCUGCUCUUCAAUAGGAUUCAGCUCAGUAAUGACCGAUUGAUGGUUGCGAACGGAGCCGCGAUGCAAGGCAUCAUGCAAGCAUCACGAGAAGAGACCAAGGUGUCACGACUUUUAGCGACGAAGGCACACAAGCUAUCCGAGUCCAUGAAGGAGGACAGCCUGUCCAUGCGAACAAUUGCAGCAUGUACAAUGUUGUUUCUUCCAGGAACGUCUUUCGCAGCUAUCCUUUCAAUGCCGUUCUUUGACAACAGUCUGAAGGACUCAUCUAGGAUCUGGGUAUGGGUCAUCCUCACGGUUCCAUCCACCAUGGUUGCAUUUGCGUAUUAUUUCUGGCGUCAGUCGCGCAAUAACGCAAAGUCGGGAGCAUCAGUAGAGAUGACUACUAUGACCGUGUGA